CACCUUGUUAGGACAUGCAUCUUUCGUGUCGUCGGUGAAUGAAUGUAAUGAUCAGCGACUUGUAGUCAUAGCGUGUGCUGCUAUACGCCGACUGUGGUAAUUGGAGCAGAGAUGUGCAGGGUACAAUGUUUCCGCGGCAAAUCAUAUCAACACAAGCCAAGUGGUGAGAUGGUGUUUGGUAGAGUAUGACUGAGCAGUGUCGGAAUGGAAAGUUAAAUAUUAAUCUAUGGCGACAAUAAACGACAAAAUAGAAGACGGGACAUUUUCAUCAAGAGAUACUGGUGAUGUAGCUCAUAAUCUUCUAAAGGAAGUGACGUCAUAUCUUCCAGGUUUUGACGGGAAAAUAGUUAUUCUGAUUGGGAGCACAGCAAGACUUUGCGCUUCCGAAGUAGCUGUGAGGGCCGCACAAGUCAUCACUAUUGAUCCGGGGGAGCUAUGCAAUCACUCCAACGCUACACGAUUAACGAACUUCCCACCUGUCCUCGACGACUCCAGGAAAAUCAUGAUCGCUGAAAAUAGUGGAGAUCUGCUCAUUUAUGAUCACCGCAUAAGCCUUAAUAACGACGAUCACCAAAGGUUUCUAAAACAGUCAUUGUCAUGGUUACGGGAAAAUGGAUACGUAUUCUUCUUGCAGACAAUCACUCAAGGCAAAGAGAACAACGAACAUCAGUGUGUGGACGAUCUCUGGAGUAUAACCUCUACUACCUGCCCGGGAAGGCAGCUAGAAGAAGUCUUCGGUCUGGAUGUGGUUUUAAUCAGACCUAACAGCCGACCAUUUUCAUCACAACGAGAAAAUGAAGCAGACAGAAAGAUGGUUUGGUUACUUCAAAAGGUUAAGAGGAAGCUAAAGAAAGACAUGACAUUUACAACAUUACAGGAAAUACUCAAUAACCAAUUGUAUACUAAAGUAAGGAUUCGGCAGCUGGAAGGUAUAUUUGGGAGGACAUUUGUUAGCGCUGGUGGACUGACUGCAACUAAGGAAUUUCUGAAGAAACUGUGUCUACGUCCAGGACAGAAAGUGCUGGAUGUUGGAUGUGGCAUUGGCGGUAAUGCAUUUUAUAUGGCUAAGGAGUUUGGUGUUAAAGUUGUCGCCAUGGAUCUCUCGUCCAAUAUGAUCGACAUCGCGAGGGAGCGGGCAAGAGAAAUGGGCAUCUCAGAAGUGGAGGUCGACUUUGAGGUGGCUGAUGCUACGAGAAGAGAGUACCCAGCAGAUUACUUUGACAUCAUCUUCAGUAGAGAUACAAUUCUCCACAUUGCUGGCAAACUCCAGCUCUUCCAAAGGUUUAAGACGUUCUUAAAGCCUGGAGGCCAGGUACUGAUAUCGGAUUACUGUUGCAGCGAGGGAGAGCAUACACAGCAGUUCAAGGAUUACGUAAAGACGUUUGGGUACAGCAUCCUUUCACAACGAGAGUACUGCUCUACGCUGGAAGAAGCCGGCUUCGUUCAGAUAGAAACGGAGAAUAAAACAGAUUUAUUCAUCAAAACGACAACUCAAGAAUUAGACCGACUAGUUACUCGAAGAGAGGAAUAUAUUGAGGACUUUUCUUUGGAAGACUACGAAGCAUUUUCAACGAUGUGGAGAAAUACACAGAAAUGUGCCGCAAUAGGCGACCAGAUUCUGGGCCUGUUUUUUGCUGAAAAGCCCACGUGACUAUGGCAAUACGAACCUGUUCGGGCCUUACAAAUUAACCCGAAUCAUAGAACCCCGUGCUUUCAAUUGAUAUAUCAAUUGCAGGUUUUAUAAAAACAGCCUGUUUUGCCGGAAUACUAUUUUUAAUUAAAUUGCAACCGUGAUUGAAACGAAAAGAUAUUUGAAAAACAAUAUAAGGUAUACAUUGUUUUUUUUAUUGUGCGUUAGGUUUUACAAAGUAUUAGAGUCGCACGAGUUACUUCCCUUUAUGCAUUACAAGUUUAAUAACGAUAGCAUUGCAUUGACAAUCAAAAGAACGGUUUAUAUAUAGUAAAAUAAUGAAUCGAGUACGCAUAUAUAGCUGGUUGCAUUUAUCACAGAAUUUCCAUUCACAAAUGGUUAGAUUUCUUCGGUUCUAAAAUUUCAAAAAUUCUGUUUACCUAGUAUUAGAUGUGUUGACAUUUACUCUCUUAGUUGAAAUGGAUUGGUAGUUAAUUAUUGUUAGUUCGCCCUUUAAUGUUUGAUUUUUAUUUUGAAAACAAAAUAAAUUUUAAAAUAACAACACCUCGUUAAAGUUAAGAAUGAUGGAUCAACUUUUAUUUUGAGGCAAUCAUAAUCAGAGUUGCUGUGCGUGAUGUUCCUACUAUGGCCAUUUUAAAACAGGAAAUCCUGAUUUGUAGUUACUAACGAGAAAAUAUUGCAUACUGAAUUUUCUUUUAAGAUCAUUCGAUGAUAUUAAUGUAGACGUAAUAGUUUGAUGAAAGCUUCACCAGGUUUAUAUAAAAGGAUAUUUGUGCUGUUUAUUAUUUUUGACACCAGGUGAGUUUUUCUUUUCCAUACCUCUGAAUAGUGAAGCUUCAAUCUUAUGGGAAAUUUGUUAAGUAUAAAAGGACUUUUAACAUGAAUUAACAUCUAAAAUUGUGGAAGAAGUAUCAAUUCAUUUUUCAUAUAAAAAACAUCUUACUUUGAUGUAAAUCGAUUUACACAUAUUUCAGUUGAACCUUUAAUAUGUACAUUAGAAGAGAAAACAGUACGUUGCUAUUCUUUCCUACUACAUCAAUUUACGGGUCAAAGGUCAAGGCGUAUUAUAUGUUUUAAGUUAUCCUCAAUAGGACUUACAGAUUUUUACAAUGAAAUAUGGUUUAAUGUAAUUUACAUUGUUAUUGUUAUUCAACCAUCAUUGACAUUAUAAGCAAAAAAUAUCCUCCUAGGAUAAAUGAUGACUAAAUAAUCUCAUCUGAAAAAUCAAGUAUUAAUACAAAUUAUCACUAAAAAGACUUCGUGUAGAUUCACUCUAAAAAAUGUGAAAAUUAGCCAGGGUUCUUUUUGCUCUUCAUUUCAAAUCUGCACGAUAUUAUCAUUUAAAGAAAUUGACAGUUGCUUUUUUUUAGUGUUUGAGUAAACAUGUUUUUCUUUAACUAUAUGUCAAUAUUCAGAACAAGUUAAAACGAGACUUUAUAUAAUGAUCCAUCAUUCUUAUUUCUGAAAAGGUAUUACAUAAACCUGCUUGUUUUGGACUAACAUGAGGAGACACAACAAAUUCUAAAAAAAUGGUGAAUUUAAUGAUACCUGAACAAAUCUUCCUAUUUCUUUUGAUACCGGAUACAAAAUUUGCAAAAAAUGUACUAAAGUUGUACCGUUUCAGUUUUCCCAAAUAGCUGCGGUUCCGGCGUACUUAAUUAAUAUCAGUAUUUUGGUAUUCUGCACAAAUAACAUAUACGUAGUUAAGUUACCCAACGUCUGCGUUUUUAACUGAAAGAGAUUUUGAUAUAAUUACAUAAUGUCUAUUCAAUGAAACUCCUUGGUUCGAUUGUAUCUACGACAUAACGUGUACAAAUAAAGCAUUUUAUUACAUUUUUGCCAGUGAAAUAACGGAUUCUAUCAACUUGAUAAAACUGA